AUGGCGCGCCCCAAGGUACAUCCGGAAAAUCGUCUGCGGGCCAAUACUGCAUGCACAGCCUGUCGUGCAUCGAAAAAGCGAUGUAGUGGCUUUUUCCCUUGCACCAACUGCAUCCAUAAGGGACGUGGCGGCUCAUGCACCCCUUUCAAGUCCUUAUCUGGCCUCCGUAGCCGCCCCAUCCCUGUUUCUCGACCAACCGAGGCAGCCCCGUUAGAAAUCGGAUCGGGACUGGGCCUACAGAGUCCAUUGAAAUCACAGACACAAGAUGCAGUGACACCUAAUCAUGAAGUUCAUACACCGGAGGCGGGAUCGCAUUCGCCUGAAGCCACACAUCGGACGCAUCCGCGAAUGCUCCGCAACCUGCAAGGGGAGAGAGUAUACGUUGGAAAAGCCGCUUCAUUGUCGUUCCUCCAACUGCUUCGGGAUACGGUGACCCAGCAUAUCGGACCCUCACAAUUCUCCCAUAAUGGGAGGAGUGAGGAUAUGCUAGAAACAGAAGCCCAUCAUGACCUGCUGAAUCUCACCGAAGAACCUUGCAAUGCCGAAGAGAAAUGCCACUUCAUUGAGAAUUAUGACGCGGCGACUAGCGGCUUCCUUGAUAUAGGAUGUGAUGAUGACAUGAUGCUUUCACUGUCAAACUCCAGAGAUCCAAAAUCCGACCGAGAAAAGACGAGGGCAGCUAUUCUGGAUCUUAUGGUCGCCAUCGGAGCCCAGUCACGCUCGAAAGACUCAGAAAUCCUUCAAACAGAGAGGUUUUACUUUGCGCGCGGUCAACGGAGAACGUUUGCCAAUUUUCUAGAAGAUCCUAGCAUGGAUUUAGUGCGAGUUUUCUUGCUUAUGUCGUUUUACAUGCUCGGGGCAUGUCGUCGGAACGCGGCCUUUAUGUAUCUGGGUGUGGCAUCCCGAGCAGCAGUGGCCCUGGGGUUUCAUGAAGUUACUUCGGGGUCAACAAGUCGCGAUGACAGCAACGAGCGGCUACAUCUAUGGAUGAGUCUUUGUGUUCUUGACCUGCUCGUCAGUUCGAUACUUGGAAGGCCAUCGACUAUCUCACCCCUUCUACCCGAAAAUCGGGAAGAGCCCAAUUGGAUAGGGACGCCAUUCCCUGAAUCUGGCUUGGUGGCUUCGUAUCAUUUAUCAUUAAUAUUGGAUGAAAUAAUCCAUCGCCUUUAUGGCGACAAGGCUGCAUCAGCUGAGACCGCAGACUUCUUACUAGGCAGACUGAACACCUGGAGCAAGUGUUUACCUCAAUCGCUGAGAACUUCUUCUUUGCAACAUGAACACGAAAGCGCUGCUCGAGAGCACGCACUCGGUAAUAUGCAUGUCGCGUGUUCAUACCAUUUCGCAGUGAUCCUAGUCACUCGGCCAUUUCUUAUAUCGACCCUAAGUGUUCGGUUGACCCGGUUACACCAUAGCCUUUCGACUGGGGGACCCAGCGAAUCACUGGAAGAGGACCCGGCUCACUCCCGGCUUGCGGCUGCAUGUAUUGACUCAGCAAUCUACAUGCUACAAACAUGCCUGGAAGUUCACCAGUCUGGACUUAUGCUUCGGAAUAUGUGUAUUCUCAAGUUUGUUACUCUGGAAUUUCCAAUUCAAAAAUCUGCGACUGACAUUAACAAUAGAGCGUUCAUAUUCGCGGCAGCCCUUGUCCUCGGGUUCUCAAUGUUCGCCCACCGUGAUAUUGAUUCCGAAGUUGAUGAUGCUUUCCGCGGGGCUAUCACUAUCCUGCGCAUGCUGGCAUCCCAGUCUGCCCAAGCGGCUCAUUACCUAGAUAUAACAAAUAUGCUAGAAUCGGCCAUAAUUCAACAACGUCAGCAACUCGCAGCCCAAGCUCGACGGCGUCGAAGUCAGUAUGUCAGUCGGAUCUUUAGCUUGAGCGAUAACCCAGCAACUCCGCGGACACACAACGAAGGAGAUGAACAGACAAACAAUACCACUCCACAUUUGACCCAUAGUGUUCCAUCAUACCCGUGGUUACAGCCGGACGGUGGAAUAGGUACUGUUACACCAUCCUUGGCUGACGGUGCUUUGUUUGACUGGGAAGGUAUGGAUUUACCGCUAUGGGAUAGUUUCCCUUUUCUCACCGAGUCAACUGCUAUGUGA